GCGCUCCCUCUCGCUCGGGCUAUGCUAAUGAAGCCUCUCAUGAAGGUCCCUCCCCUCUCUUUGGGGAGCCUCUUGGUUUCGUAGCUUGCCCAAACGCAGGAGGAGAAGGAGAAGGAAGGAAGAGGGGAAAGCAGAAGAAGGAAAAGAAGAAGAGGAGGAGAGAGAGAGAAGGAGGGAGGGAGAGCUCUUUCGCUCCCGUCCUUUGCAUUCCCCUUGGCAUGGGAAGCAGCGGACGGAUCUAGCUGCCAAGUUUCUGGGUCUUUUUGGAGGGGAGAACAUCUCUCUCCUGUUUGUUUAUUUCUCUCCUUCUUCCAACUCGCUCUGCUUCUCUGUCGAGGCUCGAUCCCGAUACAACCGCCACCACGUUAACUUCCCAGAGAUCCGGGGCCUCCUGUGGAGCCAGUGAGACUCUACUGUACUUCCAUUAUUUCCAUGAACAACAAUCUAUGGAGCCGAACCGGUCGUAUCAUGGAAUUGCUGUCCACCCCGCACAGCAUCGAGAUCAACAACAUCACGUGCGACUCGUUCCGGAUCUCCUGGGCCAUGGACGUUGGCGACCUGGACAGAGUCACUCACUACUUCAUUGACCUGAACAAGAAGGAGAACAAGAACUCCAACAAAUUCAAACACCGGGAUGUCCCUACCAAGUUGGUGGCCAAGGCGGUUGCCCUGCCCAUGACAGUGAGGGGACACUGGUUUCUGAGUCCCAGGACAGAGUACAGCGUGGCAGUGCAGACAGCCAUCAAGCAGAGCGAUGGGGAAUAUCUUGUAUCUGGAUGGAGUGAGACAGUCGAAUUCUGCACUGGUGACUAUGCGAAAGAGCACUUGGCCCAGCUGCAGGAGAAAGCCGAACUCAUUGCAGGAAGGAUGCUCCGCUUUUCGGUCUUCUAUCGGAACCACACCAAGGAAUAUUUCCAGCAUGUCAGAAUGCACAGUGGGAACAUCAUGAAGCCGUACCUGAAGGACAACAGCGGCAGCCACGGCUCGCCCACCAGCGGCAUGCUCCACGGCAUCUUUUUCAGCUGCAAUACCGAGUUCAACACAGGCCAGCCUCCCCAGGACUCGCCUUAUGGCCGUUACCGCUUCCAGAUUGCCGCCCAGCGCUUCUUCGGCCCCAACACCAAUCUCUACUUUGCGGACUUCUACUGCAUGUACACCGCCUACCACUACGUCAUCCUGGUCCUGGCGCCCAAAGGCUCUCCGGGAGACCGCUUUUGCCAGGAGCGCUUGCCUCAGUUGGACAUUUCCUGCAACAAGUUCCUGACCUGCUGCGUGGAAGACGGAGAGCUCGUCUACCGCCACGCUCAGGACGUCAUCUUGGAGAUCAUCUACACCGAGCCGGUCGACCUCAGCCUCGGGGUCCUGGGGGAAAUCAGCGGGCACCAGCUCAUGAGCCUCUCGACCGCCGACGCCAAGAAAGAUCCCAGUUGCAAGACGUGCAAUAUCAGUGUGGGGCGCUAGAGACUGGAGAGCGGCGGGAGGGAUGGGAGGUCUCUGCAAAGGCAAGACCCUCAGGAAUGGAAGUGGCUACUGAGAGCCCCGAUUGGGAGUCAAGGGCAGUGGGCUGGAGAUUCAGGCCCACAAGCGCGAAUCCACGAGCCCCACAUCCAUAUCUCUCUCUUGGUCUCUUUCCUAUUGUCUUGCAUGUUUGCUUAGCCAUUGUAAAUAAGAUCCUAACGCAGGGGAGAGAUGGAAUCAGGGCAGCUUUGCAGGGUCUGUUCUUCUCGCAGAACCAUUCCAGAUCCUCCCCUUCUAUGCCCCUUGCCCCCCCUAAACUCAGAUGGAUAUUUCACUUUGCACACACAAAGCAAAUUGUCUGGCCAGUGGCAUUGCAAACACUUCAUGUUCCUUAUCGGGACCCCAUAUUUAGAACAUUUCUCUUUCUCCUUCUCACUGCUUCCUUUGGCCCUUUCCUUUCAUGCCAACCACAUCCCCCAACCUGCCAAGGGGUCUCUGGACCUCCCCAAGGAUCUUCUUCACAGCCCCAGCUUUCUCGGUUCUUUGAAUAGAGGGGAAUGUUGGGCAAGUGGGCUUAUUAAUAAAAGACCCUCCCCAUAAAUGUACAGCAGAGUAACUUAUUAGCAGUGACCCAGCACUAGUCGCCAAAAGUGACAAAAAGAACAAAAACAUGCAGACCAAUGUUAUAUCUUCCUUUGGAGGCUUUUCACGCUGAGGCUUUCUCAUACUGUGGCCUCUCUCAUACUGAGGCCUUCUCAUACUGAGGCCGCCCUCACACUGAAAUCUUCUCAUACUGAGGCUGCCCUCACACUGAAGCCUUCUCAUACUGAGGCCUCCCUCACACUGAGGACUUCUCACACUGAGGCCACCCUCACACUGAGGACUUCUCAUACUGAGGCCGUCCUCACACUGAAGCCUCCUCAUACUGAGGCCAUCCUCACACUGAAGCCUUCUCAUACUGAGGCCGUCCUCACACUGAAGCCUUCUCAUACUUAGGCUGCCCUCACACUGAGGCCUUCUCAUACUGAGGCUGCCCUCACACUGAGGUUUUCUCAUACUGAGGCUGCCCUCACACUGAGGCCCUCACACUGAGAUCUUCCCAUACUGAGGCCUCCCUCACACUGAGGACUUCUCAUACUGAGGCUGCCCUCACACUGAAGCCUUCUCAUACUGAGGCCGCCCUCGCACUGAGACCUUUUCAUACUGAGGCCACCGUCACACUGAGGCCUUCUCAUACUGAGACUGCCCUCACACUGAGACCUUCUCAUACUGAGGCUGUCCUCACAUUGAAGCCUUCUCAUACUGAGGCUGUCCUCACAUUGAAGCCUUCUCAUACUGAGACUGCCCUCACACUGAGGCCUCAUACUGAGGCUGCCCUCACAGUGAGACCUUCUCAUACUGAGGCUGUCCUCACACUGAAUCCUCAUACUGAGGCCUCUCAUGCACUGAGGCUUACUAAACUAUAGGCAUACCUGCUUAUGUUCAUCUACAGUUUUUGCAUCCAUUUAACCCUUUCACAUUUUUGUAAUUAAAAAUACCUAGUUUUUAAUAUUUCUGACAGGGUAAACUAUUUUCAGCAGGUGAGCUGGCAUGGGGCUACCAUCUCUUUGGUGUGAGGAUUGGCCUCGGGGCCUGUGCCAAAGGAAAUCUAAGCCACGGUAGGGAUGGGUUGGGGGCGAAGAACCCCAUGAAAAAGAUCACUUGGAGAUCCCCUCCCCUUGUCCCAGGGUGUGAUACCCUAUUUCUUCACAUCCUCUAUUUAUUUUGAUCAAAUUCAACAAAGGGAGUGACAGGUUCCAACUGGUCUGUUGGCAGCUCAGAGGAGGACUGGAAUGCGACUGGGCGGUGGCUGCGCAGAGGGAUCCUGCCUGUCACCCCCCACCUUUGUGCCAGGCUGCCCAGCCUUGCCUGGUAGAUGUGCUUCUCUGGGCUGGCGGGAGGAAUCCUGUCUGCCCACGAUGCCUGGGCUGCAUUAUGCACCUUUAUAGGACUGCCUUUUGAAGCAGAAAGGAAUAGGGAGAGCAGAGAAGGGGGACUAAACCCCAUAGAAGUACUAUUUCCCCCAAUUGCUCCUGCUUCAUUUUCUUUGUCUGAAGGAGCUCCAGAGGCAGCUCAUUCAAGCAAAGGAAUGGAAUAACAGCCCUUUCCCCCUGUCUUUCUUAAAAACAGUUUAAGAUGUUAUCCCCCACAUUAUUAUUAUUAUUAUUAUUAUUAUUAUUAUUAUUAUUAUUAUUAUUAUUAUUAUUAUUGUAAGACACAGCAAACAAGAUAGAAAUGCUGGAUUUCGUAUCACAAAAUCACAAGUCGAACACUUCCCAAGCGUUUACGACUGUGUGAUGUAUUUUCGGAUAAUUCGCGCAGAUCCCAGUAGGGUGGCCUUUUGCAGUUGGCAGAUCGUAAUUUUGUCAAUGUAUAAUUAUUAUUAUUAUAUAGGGAGCCUCCGGUGGCCUAGGGGAUAAAAGCCUUGUGACUUGAAGGUUGGGUUGCUGACCUGAAGGCUGCCAGGUUCGAAUCCCACCCGGGGAGAGCACGGAUGAGCUCCCUCUAUCAGCUCCAGCUCCAUGCGGGGACAUGAGAGAAGCCUCCACAAGGAUGGUAAAACAUCAAAAUAUCUGGGCGUCCCCUGGGCAACAUCCUUGCAGACGGCCAGUUCUCUCACUCCAGAAGCAACUCCAGUUGCUCCUGACAUGGAAAAAAAUAUAUUAUUAUUAUUAUUAUUAUUAUUAUUAUUAUUAUUAUUAUUAUUAUUAAUUUGAAACACAACAAGAUGAGUCCAUAGCAGACACUCUUCUGGCUGUUGUAUUGGAUCACACGUCGGACACUUCCCAAGUGUCUAGGACUGUGUGAUGUAUCUGUGAAUAAACAUAAUAAUAAUAAUAAUAAUAAUAAUAAUAAUAAUAAUAAUAAUAAUAGGUGCCGUGUCUAGGACUGUGUGAUGUAUUUUCGGAUGAUGAGUGCAGAUCCCAGCAGGGUGGCCUUUUGCAGUUGGCAGAUCGUGAUUUUGUCAAUCUCUGUUGUUUACAAAUGCCGGCAGAGAUCUUUUGGCACGGCACCCAAUGUGCCAAUCACCACCAGGACCACCUGUACUGGUUUCUGCCAGAGUCUUUGAAGUUCAAUCUUGAGGUCCUGAUAGCGGCUGAGUUUUUCCUGCUGUUUUUCGUCAAUGCAACUGUCACCUGGGAUGGCAACAUAUUAUUAUUAUUAUUAUUAUUAUUAUUAUUAUUAUUAUUACAGUAGAGUCUCACUUAUCCAACAUAAAUGGGCCGGCAGAAUGUUGGAUAAGCGAAUAUGUUGGAUAAUAAGGAGAGAUUAAGGAGAAGCCUAUUAAACAUCAAAUUAGGUUAUGAUUUUACAAAGUAAGCACCAAAACAUCAUGUUUAACAACAAAUUUGACAGAAAAAGUAGUUCAAUACGCAGUAAUGCUACGUAGUAAUUACUGUAUUUACGAAUUUAGCAUCAAAAUAUCACAAUGUAUUGAAAACAUUGACUACAAAAAUGUGUUGGAUAAUCCAGAACAUUGGAUAAGCGAGUGUUAGAUAAGUGAGACUCUACUGUAUUGACACAACGACAUUGUAUGACACAGCAAACAAGAUAGAUAUGCUGGAUUUCGUAUCUCAGAAUCACAAGUCGAACACUUCCCAAGUGUCUAGGACUGUGUGAUGUAUUUUCGGAUGAUGUGCGCAGAUCCCAGUAGGGUGGCCGUUUGCAAUUGGCAGAUCAUAAUUUUGUCAAUGCUUAUUGUUUCCAAAUGCCGGCUGAGAUCUUUUGGCAUUAAUAAUAAUAAUAAUAAUAAUAAUAAUAAUAAUAAUAAUAAUAAUAUCACACAGUCCUAGACACUUGGGAAGUGUUCAACUUGUGAUUUUGUGAUACGAAAUCCAGCAUAUCUAUCUUGUUUGCUGUGUCAUACAAUAAAAUAAUAAUAAUAAUAAUAAUAAUAAUAAUAAUAAUAAUAAUAAUAUAAUAAUAGGGUUGUUGUAUGUCUUUCGGGCUGUGUGGCCAUGUUCCAGAAGCAUUCUCUCCUGACGUUUCGCCCACAUCUAUGGCAGGCAUCCUCAGAGGUUGUGAGGUAUGGAUCACAACCAUAUCCAUACCUCACAACCUCUGAGGAUGCCUGCCAUAGAUGUGGGCAAAACGUCAGGAGAGAAUGCUUCUGGAACAUGGCCACACAGCCCGAAAGACAUACUACAACCCUGUGAUUCUGGCCAUGAAAGCCUUCGACAACACAAUAUAAUAAUAAUAAUAAUAAUAAUAAUAAUAAUAAUUUUUUAACUCCCAAAUGCAGCUUCACAGGUGGAUUUUGGAGACAGGGACAAGCAAUGAUGUUCAACAGCUCCAAGGGACUGAGUCUACAUGUCCUAGCCAGUACCAAGGGCAGGAUUUAUUGGGCUAGACCACGUUACCUAUCUGAAGCCAACCUGUGGCAACAGAGCUACUGGGAAGAGGCUAGAAGGGAUGGGGGAAAGGGAGAAAUCGACUUGGCUUCGAAGGCGUUAACAUGUCUUUUGUGGCCGCUCCCCAACUUGGUUGAGUCUCAACUUGCCCCCUGUUACCUCACUCCGCCAUCAAAACCUGCUCCGCCGAGACAGGCUAGACCUGAUCUCUUUGGCUGCUCUCCACCACCACCCUUUCUCUGCGCCCCAGGCGUGGCCCCCUCCUUCCGCAUAAGUAGUUUUUAUUUGUUUGGGUUUUCUCCUGCUGCGUGUGAAUAUUUUGCUCACCUAGGGAGACGGCUGUUUCUCGCCAUGGCACCUUGACAUGACAAUCGAAAAGUCUUGUCUGUUUCAGGGAAGUGUGGAUGUUGCACUUGGCCAGCUUGAUCUGCAUUGACUAGCCUUGCAGCGUCAAAUAAUAUAUAAUAAUAAUAAUAGCUUUAUUUUUAUACCCCGCCCCAUCUCCCCGAAGGGACUCGGGGCGGCUUACAUGGGGCCUUGCCCCGACACAACAAUAUAAUAACAACAGCAAAACAAUAAAACAAAUAUCCCAACAAAAAACAUCAGCAUCAAUAAAACAGUCAUAAAAAUCCACAUACAGCAUAAAAUGUUAAAAACAGGAGACUAAUACACGGAUCUGGGCAAAAGUGCAGCAUAUUUCAAAAAGGGGAGAGGUAGUUUCAUAGCUAAAAUGGUCAACAAAGUGCAAUGUAAUAAGGCAAAGCAUCAACAAUGGAGCUACAGUAGAGUCUCAUCCAACAUAAACGGGCCGGCAAAAUGUUGGAUAAGCGAAUUUGUUGGAUAAUAAGGAGGGAUUAAGGAAAAGCCUAUUAAACAUCAAAUUAGGUUAUGAUUUUACAAAUUAAGCAGUAAAACAUGUUAUACAACAAGUUUGACAGAAAAAGUAGUUCAAUACGCAGUAAUGCUAUGUAGUAAUUACUGUAUUUAUGAAUUUAGCACCAAAAUAUCACGAUGUAUUGAAAACAUGGACUACAAAAAUGCGUUGGAUAAUCCAGAAUGUUGGAUAAGCCAGUGCUGGAUAAGUGAGACUCUACUGUAUUGUCAAAGCCGGGCUGCUUCCUGCCUGGGGGAAUCCUUGGUUGGGAGGUGUUAGCUGUCCCUGAUUGGUUCUUGUCUGGAAUUCCCAUGUUUUUUUAUUGUUGUUCUCUAACAGCCUCCAUGCCGAACUACACAGAGAGGCCAAGGAAAUCCACAAGCAUGUGGACAAUUUCAACAGAAAGGAGGAAACCAUGAAAAUGAACAAAAUCUGUCUGCCAGUACAGUAGAGUCUCACUUAUCCAACAUAAACGGGCCGGUAGAAUGUUGGAUAAGCGAAUAUGUUGGAUAAUAAGGAGGCAUUAAGGAAAAGCCUAUUAAACAUCAAAUUAGGUUAUGAUUUUAUAAAUUAAGCACCAAAACAUCAUGUUAUACAACAAAUUGGACAGAAAAGGUAGUUCAAUACGCAGUUAUGCUAUGUAGUAAUUACUGUAUUAUGAAUUUAGCACCAAAAUAUCACGAUGUAUUGAAAACAUUGACUACAAAAAUGUGUUGGAUAAUCCAGAAUGUUGGAUAAGCGAGUGUUGGAUAAGUGAGACUCUACUGUAUUACAAAAACUCUAAAAUCAGGACAGUAAAUAAAUAAAAAUUCUCAAAAAUGGGAAUUCCUGACAAGAAACAAUCAGGGCCAGCUAAUGCCGCCCAGCAAAGGAUUCCCCCAGACAGGAAGCCGCCAAACUUUGAAACUGCAAGGCUAUUCAGUGCUAAUCAAGAUGGUCAAUUGCGACAUUUUCCUCAAACAGUUCUUUCUCCCACCCUGGAAAUCAUUCCACAGAUAUUUAAACCCCACUUGCCUAGUUUCCAACAGACCUCACAUCCUUUGAGGAUGCCUGGUAUAGAUGUGGGGACACCUCAGGAGAGAAUGCUUCUGGACAUGGCCAUACAGCCCGGAAAACUCACAGCAACUCAGUAAUUCCGGCCAUGAAAGCCUUUGACAACACAGGAUAAGAUCAUUUUUGGAUGUGGUGUAAAGAACUAUUGAACUGCACUUUGCACUGCAUCCAAAAAAGAGACACAAGCAGGAAUAAGAAGCACUCCACACACAUCUUGUUUCCAAAGAAGUAGUAAAUCUCUUGCACAUAAAAAGGAAGAAGGAAGGGGGAGAGUCAAAGGAAUGUGGCUGCACCUUUUAAGAGGAACUGGUUUUUUUUCUUUUAGCACAAACUUUCAUCUUCAAAUGCAGGUUACAAAGCAUACUUAUACAGUGGAGUGGAAUGCAAUAGGAUCCAGAAAAAUGCAAAUUGCGUCUCUUGCCCAAAAUGUUUAAAGAGCUGGACAAUUUUUUUGAGAUCAUGCCUGUGAUCGGUUAGCAUUGGUGGGUGAAAACAAUAGAUCUGUUUUCCAAAAGUCAAGUUUCCUUGGGUUUGAAAAAUUCUCAGAGAUCCCUUUGUUAUAUGUGCAGUCGUUGGGACUCUUCUAUUAAUAUAUGUAGCGUGUCUUUGUUCAUACCUCUGCGAAUAGAUUAGAAUUUGGGGAUAUAAUUCAGUUAUGCAAUUUCUUUGCAAUUUCCAACGUUUGGUUGUCUUGUUUCUCCACUUGUGUAGGGACUUUCCUAUCCUACCUGCUGCAUAUGUAUCAAGGGGAUAUUUCCAAAAAGAGUUUUCAACCCAGGCAAACUGACUUUGGCACACAUUGAUGCCAGUUGAGAUCGGAAAGAUCGCCAACCUUCUCCACUAUGGCUGCACUCCAGUUCUCAUCAUCCCCUACCAGCAAGGCCAGUGAUGAUGGGAAUUAUAGACUGGCACAUCUAGAUUUAUGAUUUAGAUUUAUCAAGGUGACCCAUCUGUUCCAUACAAUUUCACCGGAUUCCAUCAUAAUCCUGUUGGCAAAGUUUGGGUCUUUCCCUGAAGUUGGAUCCAGUAUCCUUUGACUCAAAUAGUGGCACAUUCAGAGAAUUUCAAUCAAAAGUAUGUUUUAGCAGCUCUUAAAGGGCAGAAGGAGAUCUACAUUACCCUUUUGGGGUGGGGAGGGUUUAGCUUUAGGAGCGGCCGACGUGCUUUUAUUCUCGGCUCUGUUUGGAAACGCGCAAGUGUCCAGAUGUCCCGUGCCGCCUGCUGUGUCGUGGUUUUGCCGUGUGCCAUAGCAGUACCGUGCUGUGAAUGCUGCUCGCAUGGAGCCAUAAGAACCCUUGCCUUUUUCUAGACCAGCUUUUCGUUCUGCCCCGUCCCUUUUUUCCGCUGUUGCACCGCGCAUUGCAAUCUUGCCGAAUGGAAAAGUGCCACUUGCCCCUGGGAAUGCUGUAUGUAUUUCGAGGCAAAUUCAAGUAGUCUCGAUUUUGUAUGCGCGUGCUAAAAAUCCCGGAGUGCAUUGGUGAUGGAUUUAUCCAAAACUGCCUUCAACAGACAGAAAAGACAGUGAGCUCAGAAGGCCCUGUGGGAUUUACACCUUCUUUUCUUAGCAAGAGCAUUUCCAAAUUCACUUGCUGGGGGAAAAAAAUACAGUGCCAAUAGGUUAUAGAGAGCAUUAGCAGUGAAGUAAGAAAGCCUUGCAGUGAGACAGGCACCCAGGUCCCGUAUAAAAUCCAAAUUAUCUGCUUUGAACUGGAUUAUAUGGCACUGUAAAAAGGUAAAGGUUUCCCCUGACAUUAAGUCCAGUCGUGUCCGACUCUGGGGGUUGGUGCUCAUCUCCAUUUCUAAGACGAAGAGCCGGUGUUGUCCAUAGACAUCUCCAGGUCAUGUGGCCGGCAUGACUGCAUGGAGCGACGUUACCUUCCCCCCGGAGCGGUACCAAUUGAUCUACCCACAUUUGCAUGUUUUCGAACUACUAGGUUGGGAGGAGCUGGGGCUAACAGCGGGCGCUCAUUCCGCUCCCGAGAUUUGAACCUGGGACCUUUUGGUCCGCAAGUUCAGCAGCUCAGCGCUUUAAUACACUUCGCCACCUGGGGCCCCUAAUGUCUGUCAUAAAAAGGUAAACGUUUUCCCCUGACGUUAAGUCCAGUCGUGACCGACUCUGGGGGUUGGUGCUCAUCUCUAUUUCUAAGACGAAAAGCCAGUGUGGUCCAUAGACACCUCCAAGGUCAUGUGGCCAGCAUGAUUGCAUGGAGUCUAAUAUGUAGACUCAUAUUAUCCAGUUCAAAGCAGGUAAUGUGGAUCUCCUGCUUUGAUAUUCUGGAUUUUGGAAGUUUAGAAGAGGCCCCAGUGGCUCUUUCAAUAUUGUUAGGGAUGCAAAUACGGAGUAUGUGCCUAAAGCCAAUCACUUCCCCAGAACGGCGGCUAAACUUAGCCUAGUCCGACAGCUCAUUCUGUGCUAAAACCGGAAUUGUAAUAGGCAGAGGAAUUGAAUGAUUGAAACAUUUCCCCAUAGACCUGAGCAAAGAGAAAAAAACCAGUCAAUGAUGUCUGGUGGGUAGCUGAGCUCGUAAACACAGCAACAGCGGCUACGACAACAACAAAAUUAAAGACUCAUCACUUUUGCUCGGUAUACAGUUUCCUGAGAUUAAAGCCUGCCUGCUUUUUGUGGGUGGAAAUUCAGAAAAAGAAUACACCAAGGAUGGGGCAAAAGUGACUGGGUGGCAGUGUCAAUUGGCCUUUAUACCUGAGUACAGUCAUCUCUCCACAUGUGUGUUUUUGACUUUUGCGGAUUUGGCUAUUCCUGAAUUCGAUCAAAAAUAUGCUUUCUGGGAAUCUCUUAAUUCCUUCAAUGCUCCUCAAGUCACACCAGAAGACAUAGAGAUUUCUAGAGCCAACACCUGCCCAGGAAUACAGUAGAGUCUCACUUAUCCAACCUAAAUGGGCCGGCAGAAUGUUGGAUAAGCGAAUAUGUUGGAUAAUAAGGAGGCAUUAAGGAAAAGCCUAUUAAACAUCAAAUUAGGUUAUGAUUUUACAAAAUGAACACCAAAACAUCAUGUUAUAAAACAAAUUUGACGGAAAAAGUAGUUCAAUACGCAGUAACACUAUGUAGUAAUUACUGUAUUUACGAAUUUAGCACCAAAAUAUCACGAUAUAUUGAAAACAUUGACUACAAAAAUGCGUUGGAUAAUCCAGAACGUUGGAUAAGCGAGUCUUGGAUAAAUGAGAUUCUAUUGUAUUUAGGUUCCCCAAUGCCCAGUGGAAAGGGACAUAGAUUUGUGCUGGAAGAGCUAGAAAUUCCUAGAGAGAUGACAUUAUGUGUAAAAAAAAUAGCAAUUUAUUUAUUUGCAAUUUUUUUCAAUUUCUGAAGUGGUCUUGUGCCACUGAGCCAAGCCCGGGCAACCUGUGGCACUCCAGGCCUGCCAUAAGCUCUGCAUAUGUAGAGGGCUGACUGUAUUCUGUUUAGGAAAUUAUGGAAGUUGCAGUCCACGAAUAUCUGCAAGGCCAUAGGUUGCCCAUCCAUGAUGCUGCUAUUUGCGCAGAUGAGAUGCAACUGACUUUAAACCUGUAGCUCCUAACCAGCAGAAGAUACAAGGGCUGUGAUCCUACAAUGCAUGCACAGUCUUAAGUGUUGCACAUAAGACUCACUUGCCACCAGACUCAAGAUUGUUUAUGUUAAUGCAGCAGCCAUUGUGUGGCCAUAGCCAGACACAGACAGUAUUUCAUCCACCAAGAUCCACUGGAAGUCUCCGUAGAUGAUGUCUUCUGUUUGCAUUUGGCUGUGGGAACAUUGCCAGGCAUUUCUUUGCUUUCCACCAUCGGAUAGGCAUUGGAAGCAAGUAUUAAUAUCGGCACGGUCCUGACAAAGAAGAAGGCCCCACUCAGUAACUGAAAAAAAAAAUACAUAGGAAAAGUACCUUAUACACCAUAAAGGUGUAUAAGGAACACUUAGAUAUUGCACAGAAGAUAUUGUAUAAAAAAAUAAUGCAAUUAGGUUUUGUUUGGUUACCCUUUGGUUCUGUUUCUGGCAUCUUUUGCUUUCUCUCUUUGUCUCCAACCCCAAUAGGCAUCAUCCACUAUGGAUUUAAGGUGAUAUAAGACAGGUUGCUGUGAGUUUUCCAGACUGUAUGGACAUGUUCCAGAAGCAUUCUCUCCUGACGUUUCGCCCACAUCUAUGGCAGGCAUCCUCAGAGGUGUGUGAGGUCUGUUGGAAACUAGGCAAGAGGGGUUUAUAUAUCUGUGGAAUAAUGUCCAGGGUGGAAGAAAUAACUCUUGUCUGUUUAUGGAAUGCCUUGCCGCCCCAUAUGAGAGCCGUGCGUGAGUUGGGGCCUUUUACCCUAGCACUCAAGACCUGGCUCUUUACUAGAGCUUUUAAUCUAUGUUAAUUUUAUCAAUAUUUGUAUGUAUGUAUUUUUAUCCUUUACAAUUUUAUCUUGUAAAUCGCCUAGAGCAUCUUGGAUGGAGGGCGAUUAAUAAGUAAUUAAAUGAUGAGGAUGAGGAUGAUGUUUGAAGAAAGUGUGAAUGUUGCAAUUGACCAUAUUGAUUAGCAUUGGAUGGCCUUGCAGUUUCAAAGCCUAGCUGCUUCCUGCUUGGGGGAAAUCCUUUGUUGGGAGGUUUUAAGCUGAUCCUGGUGGUUUCUUGUCUGGAAAUUCCAAGGCGGUCAGUUGCAAUAUUCACACUUGCCUCAAACAGGCAAGAGUUCUUUCUUCCACCCUGGACAUUAUUCCAUUAACCCCCACUUGCCUAGUUUCCAACAGACCUCCCAACCUCAGAGGAUGCCUGCCAUAGAUGUGGGUGAAACGUCAGGAGAGAAUGCUUCUGGAACACAACCACGCAGCCCGGAAAACUCACAGCAAGCAAGUGAUUCUGGCCAUGAAAGCCUUCGACAACACAUUGACAUAAGGCUCUUCAUUGCAAUCAAGGCAAACCUUAUUGAGCUUAAUAGUGGUCUCGAAUGGCUGCUUACAUUUGGCAAAAAUAAAAUGUUAGUCCACUGUUGGUUGCCCCCAAAUUAACAUACUUUGUUUUAUUUAGGGAAGGCUGAAGAGGGGAAUUAGAGACUAAUAUUAGAGUUAAUCAAUAUUGUUUCCAAUACAGUAGAGUCUCGCUUAUCCAACAUAAACGGGCUGGCAGAACGUUGGAUAAGUGAAUAUGUUGGAUAAUAAGGAGAGAUUAAGGAAAAGCCUAUUAAACAUCAAAUUAGGUUAUGAUUUUACAAAUUAAGCACCAAAACAUCAUGUUAUAAACAAAUUUUACAGAAAAUGUAGUUCAUUACAUAGUAAUGCUAUGUAGUAAUUACUGUAUUUACGAAUUUAGCACCAAAAUAUCACGAUGUGUUGAAAACAUUGACUACAAAAAUGCGUUGGAUAAUCCAGAACGUUGGAUAAGCGAGACUCUACUGUAUUGGGAAUGUAAGAUAGGACUCUUUCCUAACUGGAUUGAGAUGGUAUCUUAUUUUGACGGAGGUUAAUUGGUUGAUCGAUGAAGCAAACCUGAAUCAAUAUAAUAAAGUCCCAGGGAAAAACAAAGGUUGAUAGACAGAUUGAAGUCCGGGAGAAUUAUACCCUUAGGGGAAGCAUUCAGACAUAGGAAAGUUGCUUUAUAUACCAUAAUAGGCUUUUUAUCUGUCCAUCUAUGUGACCAUUAACAAUCUAAGGUGACUGAAUAUGCUAUUUAGGCCUUUUCUACUGGGUAGAGGACUAAUGGGUGUUGUCAUCCAGCACAGAUAGAUAGCAUAGGGUUGGGGAAGGCUGAUAUAAAGCACUGAGUUGCCAUAUCAACAAGGCAACCUAACCACGUUGACCAUCUAUUUAGUAUCAUCCUCCAAGCCUUUGCACGAAACCGGGAAUUUCAGCAUGGCAAAUAUACAACUCGAAGCAGCAUCCCAGGCACCAAGUGAUGCUUUUCCAGACUGUAUGUACAUGACGCACGCUGGAAAACAAUAUCCAAAGCAAAAACUGUGCUGUGCUUGCAGUGUGUAUCAAUAAAUUACAGACCUGUGUUGAA